AUGUGGAGCAGCAGCUGGAUUUUACUUUUAUCUGCACUUUGUGUCGUCGAGGCCACAAACUCGUUUUACUCGACCGUCCGCUGCGGCUGCAAUGGACGAUCUACUUCCUGCCUGCGAGACGCUCUGGGUCUGCACUGCGUCGACUGCCAGGGCAACACGGAGGGACGCCACUGCCAGCACUGCAAGGCCGGCUUCUUCCUGCAGGGGGCAGCACUGAGCUGCACGCCCUGCCGCUGCAACCCUACAGGGUCUGCCAGUGCUACGUGUGACAGCAGGGGGCGCUGCAGCUGCAGAGAAGGUGUGUCAGGAGAGAAGUGCAGCCGCUGCCCGGACGGACCAAUCGGACCGAGCGGCUGCUCGCAAAGACGUCCAACCAGAGAGGAUUCUGGGAGUCGGACUCAGGCGUGUUUCUGUUACGGCCACAGCAGCAGGUGUUCUGCUCAGUUCGGUUUCUCCGUCCACCACAUCACGUCGACCUUCACCAAAGGUGUGGACGGCUGGACGGCAGCGACGGCUCAGGGCCGCCCCCCCACAGACGUCGACUUCCGCUGGUCCCCGACUCACCUGGACCUGGAGGUCAUCUCCAGAACCAGUCUGCCGGUCUACCUGUCCGCCCCAGCUCCUUACCUGGGGAACCAGCUGCUCAGUUAUGGUCAGAACUUCUCCUUCUCUCUGCGCCUGGACCGUGGCGUUCGACACCCGUCCACCAAUGACGUGGUCCUGGAAGGUGGGGGCCUGAGGGUCUCGGCCUCGCUGGGCGACCUGCGAUCUAUUGUCCCCUGUGGACAGAAAAUCAAGUACAGCUUCAGAUUGGACGAGCAGCCCAGCAGCAGGUGGCUUCCUCAGAUCUCCUCCUUCCAGUUCCAGACGCUGCUGCAGAAUCUCACCGCCGUCAGGAUCCGGGCGACGUUUGGUGAGAGCGGACGUGGUUACCUUGACAACGUUGAGUUGGUGUCAGCACGGCGUGGCGAUGGCGUCCCGGCCCCCUGGGUCCAGGCCUGCAGCUGCCCCCCCGGGUACGAGGGCGAGUCCUGCGAACGCUGCUCGGACGGAUUCAGGCGCCGGACCCCGGGCGCCGGCGCCUUCAGCCCCUGUGAGCGCUGCAGCUGCAGAGGAGGCAGCUGCGACCCUCAGACCGGAGACUGCUACUCCGCUGACGAGACGCCCGGAGAGCAGAGCUGCUCCCGGGGGUCUUACCGGAACCCCUGGACGAGCCCCCCCAGCUGUGUGAAGUGUCCCUGUCCCGAGGGCGUGUCCUGUUCGCUGGCCGCUGGUUCACUGCAGCCUCAGUGUGACCGCUGUCCGGACGCCACCGCCGGUCCUCGCUGUGAUGUCUGUCAGGAGGGUUACUAUGGCAACCCUGCAGGAGUCCCCGGGGCGCGGCGUCCUUGCAGACCCUGCGAGUGUAACGGCCACGUGGACGUGAGCGUGGCAGGAAGCUGCGACCGCAGCAGCGGCGAGUGUCUGAGGUGUGAGAACAACACAAAGGGGCGGAGCUGCGAGGCGUGUGUGAGAGGAUUCCACCGCAGCCGACUCGCUGACGCCUGCAAACCGUGUGACUGUGACCUCCUGGGAUCUGAGUCCGGUCAGUGUGACGACGCCGGCCGCUGCCUCUGCAGAGCGGCCUUCGAGGGCCUGAGGUGUCAGCGCUCCAGCUGCCCCAGAUGUUUCAGCCCCAUCCAGACGCAGGUGAACGUUCACGCCGCCCGACUGAAGGAGCUGGAGACUCGACUCUCACACAUGGACGGAGGUUGGACUUUGGCCAACAGCGCCACCAUGGAGGCGGCUCUGAAAGCAGCCGAGCAGCUGGUGGACGACCUGCAGGACGACACCGAGGAGCUGACAGAAAUGGAGAAGCGGCUGCAGGGUCGCCUGUCGUCCAUCAGCAGGAGUCAGCUGGUGGAGGGACAGAACGUCCAGAACAUCGGGGACACGGUGGAGGACAUCAAACAACAGCAGAGGAAGUACAAGACGGAGGUGGAGGACGUCCAGACUCUGAUGGCUGCGAUGAAACGCAAACUGGAGGAAGCCAAGGCCAACCUCCGCUCACUGGAACUUCCUGUCGGAGACGCGCCCGUGGGCUCGAACAUCCUGUCCUCGUUGGUGCAAGCUGCGACCAGCCUGGCGGAUAAACACCAGACGAAGGCCGCAGCCGUGGACCAGACGGCCAGCGACGCCCUGAGCGACUCGGAGAAGAGUCUGGCUCUGGUCCGAACCCUCAUGAACAAAGAGAACAAAGUCAAGGAGCUGAUUGGAGGUCUGAGGACAACGUUUGAUCAGGCUUCGGCGAGGGUGAAGGGUCUGGAGGACCAGGCCGUCCGUGUGGGGGGCGAGGCCAAAGAGGAGAGCAAGAUGGCGGAUGGAAUGUUGAAAGCCAUCGCCAACAUGGAGCGGAACAUCCCGACGCCCCUGAAGGAGGGGAUAGACGCCAUGGUCUCCAAGUUGGACGACCUGAAGGUCCAGGUGGACGAGAACGUCUCAGGAAUCGAGGCGUUGCAGGACGACGUGCAGCGAGACAAAGACGACGCCCAGAACCUGCUGGUCGACGGGAAGUCUGCUCAGAAGGGGUUCAACAAGCUGGUGGGCCGGGUCAACGCAGCGAAGGCCGACACCGACGCUGCUCUGGGACGAAUCAGCAGCGACCACAAGGAUCUGGACGACGCCCUCAACGCACUGAGAGGGUUCGACCAGCAGAUUGACAGUGGGCGGGCUCUGGCCGACGCCGCCAUCAGGCGUCUCCCUGGGAUCGAGGCGGCGGUCCAGCACGCCGUCAGCAGCAACGAGGAGACGCUGUCUGUCCUGGGGGGCGUGUCUGAGGAGUACGACGGCGCUCGGGGGGGCGUGGACCUGCUGGGGGGCCUGGUCAGCAGCGUGGAGGGAAUGUUCGGGGCGCUGCCGCCUCACGGGGGGCUGCUGAGGGACGCCACCGCGCUGAGCGGCGCCGCCACGGACCUCAGGACGCAGGCCGCAGAGCUGGUGGGAGACGUGGAGGACGAGCUGGACGACGCCAGGAGCCUGGAGGCCGCUGCCGAGCAGGCUGCCGUCGGAGCCGCCGCCGCUUUCGACAACGCCAACGUGACCAGAGACGCCGUGGGACGAACACUCGGAGGAAUCAGACGCCUGCUGGCAAACAUGAACCAGCCCGGGACGGUGGAUGAAAGUCGCCUGAAGCAGCUGGAGGCGUCUCUGGCCGACGCCCAGAGGGACGUGGAGUCUCACCUGAGGCCACGCCUCUGGGACAUGGAGCAGCAGGAGGACGCCAUGCGUCUGCGGCUGGGCGCCAUCAACCUGGACAUCACGACCAUCCUGAGAGACAUCGCCAACCUGGAUGACGUCCUGAGGUCCAUCCCCAGCGGCUGCUUCAACAGCCCCCCCAUCGAGGAGCCCUGAGGCUUGUGAUUGGUCCAAAAUAAUGACAUCACCACAGAGUCCAAGUGAUUGGCCAGUGGGUGAACGAAUUAUGCAAAUGAAUUAUAAAACAGUAUAAAAAUACAUUUUUUAAGAUUUUUUAAGUAUUUUUCAGAAGCAGAAUUUAUUUUUAUUUUUGCACUUUUCAACUUUAAUGAAAUCGAUGCGACCG